UUGGGUAAGCUCUUUGGCCUAGGCUCUUGACAGCAUAACAGGUUUGAAUGCAGAUCCAGCCCUCCUGAUUGAAAAAAGUGAGCCAGGGAACCCUUUAUCUGGGUGCUUAGCUUCUGUUGUCCUGGGCACACAAUUCCAAGUUUCUGAAGCUGAAGAAGAUCCAAAUAUGUAGAAUUCAGAAAGUGUCCUUCCAGGGCUGGGGUAGUACAGGACACAGCCUGAGUUCAUAUAAUCCUAAACCUCGAUGUUCAUUGGGUUCUAUCUUCCUGGGGCCAGCCCCUACUUCAGGCCAAAUCCAUUUUAUGAAAACUUGAAGAUAAAGGAGAAAGAGGUCAUGUCAUUACUGCACAACUUAGACACAAAGAACAUUGAACAUCGUGAGAAAUUUCAGGAGCUCAAGAAGGAGAUUAACUUCUAUUGCAACCUGCACAGCUGGCUCCUGAUGGACCAGGCAUGUAUGAAGAAGAAGUUGGUCACAUUGAAGCAGGAGUGCAAGGAGUUACAGCGAUAUUUGUUUGAGUUGAACCCGAAUGAUGAAGAAGAACAGGAGAUGACCAGCAACCUCCAGACCCAGCAAAAUGUGGUCUCAGGAACUGCAGGAGACAUGGAAUAGGACUGAUCCCAGGAAGACAGCCCCCUGAGGAAUGAGUUUCUCUCUCAGGAGUUCCCUGUGACGACAAUCCUCACAGUCAAAGACUUUUUGGGGGAAUAUUCUUCUUCUCAGAUAAUUUCCUCAAUGUAUAGAGACCCUACAUUUAUGUAUCCGUAUGCCAGCCUGUCUGGUUGAGGUCUUUCUCCUUUCUCAUACCGACAACACCAUUUGAGAGACAACUGAGGGGACUGCCUUGACGUCUUGUCCUAGAGGAGAAA